AUCAUUUUCAUCAGGAACUCGUAGAUCUACGCCUGAAACUAUUCAUGAAGCUGCCACCAGCGCAGACAAUAGAUUAUUUUUAAGUGUGUAGGAUUUUUCGAGUAGACGGUUCAUUAUAGCCCUUUCUUUCAUAGUAUUCAUAGCACCGAAACCCUGCAGUUGCCACAGUUGCCAUUGAUACAGGACAGCCGAAAUGAGCGUGAGCAAGUAAGCAGCUUUGUAGCUGAAAAAUACACGCGUCUUGUCAUGUUAUUACAAGGCCUUUAUACUAGUACAGGUACUUGCAUGACUUGCUCUGAAUAGCUCGCUGGUAAACGAACAACUAUAUUAAGUUUCAUCUGGGAUCUUUGUUAUUACUGCUAAUACUAUUCCAUACUGUGGUGUUUUUUACUGACACAAUCAAACGUUUACGUGAACAGGUUUUUAAAUUUUUUAAAACGUUUUCAUUUUUAAAGAGAAGAUAUAUGUAUAUGGCACAGUCUACUCAGACCAUAGAUGCAAGCUUUUGAAGACGAACGCUUCUAGUUCAAAGACAGAAAGUAAAGAUGGCGGAUGUGACAAGGCUGACGAUGAUGAUGCUGGCGAGCUGUCUUGGGAUAUUGUGUGGACUUGGUAUUGACGCCAGCCUGCAGAGCCAGGGAGAAACAAUUGACUUACUGGCGACUCUUUUAAGACGGUCUGAAGCUGUGAGAAGCCCCGUUACUUUACUCUUUGCUAAGAGAGAAGUGGGGUCGUCCAGAACCACAUUCGUUGUAAGGUACAAACUGAGCACAACAGCAACACCUGUGGUAUCCUGCUUUGAUGAUGAAGUUUACGAACCACUGACGGAUACCACCCAGCAGGUCCCUGGUACAGAAGCUGAAGAGGGCACUGUAUGGGAAACAGCAGUGACCACCGAGGCCUCAUACAGGGCCGUGGUUUUAACCUUGUUUAACCCCGACUCAGGGUUAUUGCCCAGAAAGCGGCAAGAAACCAGAGACCUUUGAGAAGUAUGUUAGACAGGAUUCAUCUCGACCUUUAUGAUCCGAACACCAGGAGCCUCAAAAUGCAGCUUCUUUAUCACAGCGACUUUGCUAAAAUCAGACGCACUGAGGAGUCCGCUGAUGACACGGAGUCUGUCAUAGACAUUUCAACGUCACAUCAGACAUGGAGUGGCCUCAUCUUGAUGAACGGGUUCCCUUUUGUUGAUGCACAUGCUCUUGUUAAGGAAGCACAGCUACGCGGAUGACAAAGCAAAGUGUCAUAUCCGGUGCACUGUGUACGGAAAUAAUUUGACAGGCUUCCCAGUGUUUAAGGUUGAACCAAACGGCAGCAGAACUCAAAUUUCAUCUGAAUUGCGGAGGUAUUACGGUAACUAUGCCAUGGAGAGCCGGGCCGUAGUGCAUCCCAGCGCCCGGGAAUCGUCCACAGACGAGUAUGUGUGCGUGGGACGGACUGCAGACGGACAGACUGCGGUACAUACAACUUUCGUUCGUUUUAUUCGCCCAGUGGAGUUUGACAGGACGGAAUCCAGUGUGGUGCUUGUCAAUGACACGACAGCACUUGCAACUUGCGUUGCGCUUGGCGACCCCCUCCCAGACAACAUAACCUUCACCUUGAACUACAAGAAGGCCUGGCAGAACAGGCGACAGGCCAGCAGUGUACACAGAACGCCAGACCGGCUCAUUGCCUCGAAAAUUGUCCCCAUCUCUCCGGACACCGGGGCUCUGAGAACUGUGGUCUGUGUCAGCGAAACCCAGACGGCAAGCGCUCCUUCUUAUACCAUGGACGUGCAGAGAUAUUGAAUUUGGAGGCAUGGUGACUGUCACAACGACAACGAUGACAGCAACAACAACAGCAAUAACAAAAACAGCAACAAUAACUGCAACAACAACAACAGCAAUAACUACAAUAGCAACAAUAACUACAAAAACAACAACAGCAAUAUAAAAGAAAUAACAACAACAGCAACAACAACAGCAAUAACAACGUCAGCUACAACACCAAACAGCAGCAAGGAGAACAAUCAUAACUAUAACACCAGCAGAUCAGUAACAAAUACAACAAUGCUGGGACCAACAGCAGCAGCAGCAGUUAAAUCAGUUAUUACAACGAAGAUGAAAACAAUAA